AUGGCCCUCCUGCUCCCUGUCCUGACAGCCCUGGUGCUGUGCAGUUUUGGCCCUCUGGAGUCUCUGGGCUGUGACCUGCCUCAGAACCCUGGCCAGCUUAGCAGGAAGACCCUGGUGCUUCUGGGACAAAUGAGGAGGAUCUCCCUCAUCUUGUGUCUGAAGGACAGAAGAGACUUUGGCUUUCCCCGGCACGUGGUGGAGGACAGGCAGUUGCAGGAGGCCCAGGCCGUGUCAGUCCUCCACGAGAUGCUGCAGCAGACCUUCAACCUCUUCGUCUCAGAGGCCUCUUCUGCCGCCUGGAACACAACCCUCCUGGACCAACUGCACUCUGGACUUCAUCGGCAGCUGGAAGAUCUGGAGGCCUGCUUGGUGCAGGGGGUGGUAGAGGAACCAUCUGCCCUGGCCCCUGAGAGCUCUCUACUGGCCUUGAAGGGGUACUUCCAGGGCCUCCAGCUCUACCUGAAGGAGAAGAACUACAGUGACUGUGCCUGGGAAAUUGUCCGAUCAGAAAUCCUGAGAUCCUUGUCUGCGUCAUCCAAGUUGUACGAAAGCCGCCAGUUGCAGGAGGCCCAGGCCGUGUCAGUCCUCCACGAGAUGCUGCAGCAGACCUUCAACCUCUUUGUCUCAGAGGCCUCUUCUGCCGCCUGGAACACGACCCUCCUGGACCAACUGCACUCUGGACUUCAUCGGCAGCUGGAAGAUCUGGAGGCCUGCUUGGUGCAGGGGGUGGUAGAGGAACCAUCUGCCCUGGCCCCUGAGAGCUCUCUACUGGCCUUGAAGGGGUACUUCCAGGGCCUCCAGCUCUACCUGAAGGAGAAGAACUACAGUGACUGUGCCUGGGAAAUUGUCCGAUCAGAAAUCCUGAGAUCCUUGUCUGCGUCAUCCAAGUUGUACGAAAGGUUAAGAAGGGAGGAUGGAGGCCUGGGCUCAUCCUGA